UAAUUGAAUUCCUGGGAAAGCAAAUUCGGCUUAAUGGAAUUGAAAUUACAAGGGCAACAGAAAGGCCAUGCCACUAGUGAAACUAAAAACAAACUACUUUUGAAAGUUUAUUUGCACUUUCAAGCGAACAAGAGACUGGCGAACGAAAAAACAAAGCAAAAAUCAGUAAGCACUGCCGCUCCAAGUAACGACAAUUUUAGCGAUGUUGUUCGUCUGUAGUUUAUUCAAACACACUACCACACGAGGGGCAAUUAGCAUGUACAAAGGCAAUUUCAAAGCACAAUAUUUUCGCUUGGAGUUUCUUUGUCCUUGGCGCUCGCUCGUUAAUCUCUCUUGUAAAUGACUGUUGAACUGACGUGAAUAUCAAACAAAAGAGGGGGCCGACCAAUUCCUUUGUAAAAAUGCUAAUAUCGUAAUCACCCCCUGAAGGGGUCAUUAAGGCAUGAGCAUUAAAUGCUGCAUUUAGAUGGAUUACCACAUAGAUUAAUGUUAUGUUGUGACCCUGGAGGUUGGUUGUUCGUCAUCUGACGGCACUCGGCACUUGAAAAGUAUAUAUUUAGCUCAAGACGCCACAGUACAAGAGAUUGCAGUACGAUUAAUUUGUCAUUUUCGACUAGCAGCGAGGGAGGAAAGCACUUGCCUUCCCGCGACUCUACAUUAGCGCGCCAAUAACUUGGGUCAGCCUUAAGUAAAUUGGUAACAACUGAAGAACGGAGUUGAAAACACAGCGAAACUCGUCAACGUGUUCAUUAAGUUUUUGUCUCAAGCAGAAAUGGAAAUUGCCACAAGCAACCUAGCUGCAGGCAAGCGAAGAUACAUCGACAAACGGAAGAAAGAAAAGCUUCGGAGAUGUGGUUCUGCGGGUAAUCUUUCGAUUCCGAACUUAUACAAUCUUGGCUACCAUUACAAUAGACGACACACAACACCCGCAGAGCACUCCGCCCCGCCAACGAUAGUCAUAGAUUGUGUUAAAGACGAACACGAUGAACUGGAUAUAAACAACAAUUACACACACGAUGAAGGCCUUUUGAAUCCAUCCUAUGCUUUGGACGCUGCGGUUGCGAGCAACGAUUCCCGUUUGCUCCACGGCAUUUUAAGUGCUGGGAACAUCAUGUUAGACACUUUAAACGCCAGCGGUGGAACCGCCAUGCACGAGGCUGCCUUUCAAGGCAAAGUUCGGUGUUUAGAAGUGUUUUUAAAGUUCGGCACUCCGGUGGACAUAAGAGACAAAGAGGGAUGGACUCCUCUACACGCCGCUGUCUGCGGAGGCGAUAUAAGAGCUGUGAUUUUUCUCAUAAAGAACGGAGCGAGCUUGCAAGCUUAUACCAAAGAAGGACUUACGCCUGUGGAGAUCGCAAUGGACAACAAGGACAAAAAAAUGGUGCAAGCGCUUUCUCUGUUAACAGCAGGUAACAGGCGCUUUCGAAUGUUUGCUCAGGAAGCAUGACUUUCAAGAAGGAUAUUGUAAAUACCUUGCCCUUGGCGAAGAUAAUUUAUAUUUGUAGUUGAAUAUUCUAAGCAGGUAAAUGGACGAUAUGUAGUUGUCGAAUAACAAUCAGAAGUACUAACAUUAAAAUAAUCGGCAAGCAGCCAAAUCUUGAGCACAUGUGGCUGAAAAGUUCUAAUUAGUAUACAUAUAUACACUCUGUUCAUGUUUAAUAAUGAUUCAAGCCCAUUUUUAGAUACUUUCUUUACGUACGUAGUUCCAUAAGUAUUUUAGCUCUUCGCUUCUAAGAAGAUAGUGGCCACAACACCACAAAGAGUACUUCGUUUGAAUGGUCGUACACUAGGGAUUUCAUACGCAAGCUUUGAAAGUUUAUUAUAAGCACAUCAGUUCUUUCCAUCGAGAUUCAAAGGUUGAAGAGAGUUUUACUUCCUUAGCGGAAGGAAGAAAUAACUGAAACGACGUCGACGAUAGAGCGUCCGUAUUACUGACUUGAAAAUACAGUGCCUCUAUUGAAUAGAAACCUGCUGUAGUCUUCAUUUUUGGAGGAGAUAUAUCAGUAUCAUUAAAACUCUAGAACUUCAGAAAAAAAAGCUAUUUUUUAUACACUUGAAGAACAACAAUUGAGCAACAGAGUCGAAUCAAACUUUCAAAACAGACUUUUUAAAAACGGCAAUGAAGUCGUAUUUAGGGUUAAUAUUGGACCACGCUCUCAAGUAUACCUAACAUGUUAAUAUAUAUCUGAAGAAUAAUGCCAUAAAAGUACACGUUUUACAGAGGAUGUGAGUUUUAAAUUAAAACGUUUGUGAAAAAUGUGUGGAUAUUUUUGGCAGAUUGUUAGAGAUUGUCAUGGAGUAAAUACAUGGCCUAUAUAAUAGAGACAACUCUCCCGGGAGGAGGUAGUGGAGGAACAUUUACACAGUUUUCCACGCAUGUGCAAGAUAAUUUUAUUUGUAUAUUAAAAGAGUACUGAACAGAACUAUCAUAUAAUAUAGUCAUAUGACUAAACAAGUGAUACAAAUAUGAUGUACAUAACAAGAAUCAUUUCAAGCAUUGUCAACUAUUGAUUAUUUGCAAUUUCAGUGAUAUGAGAAAUCAAUAAAUUUGUGAAACUUC